CCCCGCCCCCAGCUUCUGCAUGCUGGAGAACCCUGCUUCUCUGUGCUUGAGCCUGGCGUUCAGGCGUGCAGGCCCUCUGCACCGUUGCAGUUUCUUGAGUGGCUGCACAGUUUGCAAGCUGGAGCUUGGCAGAAUGGCUGAGACCUGCAAAAUGAAAUACACAAUGUUGGACAGCCCUUUGGGGAAGAUCGAGCUGUCUGGCUGUGAGCAAGGCCUGCAUGGGAUACGAUUCCUCCGCGAAAAGACUCCAAGCCCUGACCCCACGGAGCCCCCAGCUGGUCCUGAGUUGCCCGGUGGGCCAGAAGGAGUGCCAGAGCCCCUGGCACAGUGCACAGCCUGGCUGGACACCUAUUUCCGUGAACCUGCAGCCACGGAGGGGCUCCCCUUGCCUGCUCUCCAUCACCCUGUGUUCCAGCAAGAUUCGUUCACCAGACAGGUGUUAUGGAAGCUGCUGAAGGUUGUGAAAUUCGGAGAAAUGGUUUCUUACCAGCAAUUAGCAGCCCUGGCAGGCAACCCCAAAGCGGCUCGCGCAGUAGGAGGAGCGAUGAGAAGCAAUCCGAGUUUAUUGAGUGCCAGGUUCCCAGCCCACAAGAAGGUCAUGUUUUUAGAGAUGUAGUCCCACAUUGUACUAGGUGUUUUGGCUCCCCGAACAGCCAAGGGCCAGACUAAGGCCCUGCAUGCCUGUGGGCCUUGUGUGGGCAAGAAGGCAUGCUACCCACACAGUCAUCAGGGAAAACCCACACUCCUGCCAGGCUCCCUGAAUGUCCAGAGCAGCUUCCCCUGUGCCAGUAUAGAUGUGCUGGCAUGUUGA